CGAGCAUGUGAUGGCGAAUAUACGGAAGUUAUCGGAAGAGGACUGCAAGAAGUUUUUCCAUAAUCCGGGCGUUAGUAACGUUUCCCGUGUGACGAUGAAGGGAGAAAAUCUUGCACCCCACCUACCAGCAGAUCCGUUGGAGAAAACACCUCCCUUCGCCAACAAGCCGCACGCAAGCAUCCGCUUCAACCAGGAGCCGUUUUGUUUACCGGAGGAACUGAACAGCGUGAAAAAGUUAAUUGAAGAAGAGAAUAAUUACUACCACGAACCGACAGUAGAAGAGAGGUUGGAGGAAGAACUGUUGAAACAACAAGUGCCUGAAAAUCAGCAAUUUGCGGAAUCCGCGAACAUCCGGGAAACGAUUUCCCCCUCCAUCUCCCCGAAAAACGGUAGACGGAAACAAAAAUUGUACAGUCGCGACUUG